AGAAGUAGCAGAAUGACCUGGUUUACAUUGUUUCAUAUUGAAGUUUCAAGAUACUAUCCAGUGUGUGUAAAAUUAUCACAUGACUUAUGGUUGUGAAAGUUCAUUCCGUGAAUAUUUUAUGUCAACUCGACAUCGACAGUGAAAUUGUUUGAAAUUAUUGAUCUAAUAGGCUGUGAAGAUAUUGAAACGGAAGAAAAGUUGUCCCACAGGUUUGGAUUGAAAUAGUGUCUUAAUUGAGAAUUGCAAAUGGCUGAAAUCACUUCCGACGUGUUCGAUAUUUUUCAUCCAACUCCAGUUCCUCUCAGGGAGUUAUCAGCGAUCGUCAUUAGUCUCGAAAUAUGGCGCUGUGAAAUAAAUAAAUACCGUUCGAGCAAUACAUUGAACGAGUUUCGUCCAUCUGGUGAACUUAUCUCAUUGAAAACUAUACUCGUUCCUGAUUUUCCAUCUGUGAUUUAUCCUACGAUUGAAAAAUAUGUCGAAAUAUUUGGACGUUCAGUGGAUAGCUGGCUAUGGAGUCAUUACAGAACAGUGUUUGAAUUUCAAUACGACCAUUUUAACUGUGUAUUGGAAUACUUCGAAGAUUUCGUGUGCGAUUACGACGGAUCCAUUCAUUAUGCGAGGACCGCCGAACGUAUGAUGCAUUGCGAUCGAUUUGAUGUCGAUCAGAAGUUUUUAAUCGCUUGUACGUAUUGUUUCGAAGACGAUAUCAGGCGAAUUUGGCCAUUUAAAAUGAAAAAUACGUCCUCGCGGCGUGACAUGUUUUCCGAAAACUCGAAACUCACGUACUGGAUUCUUUUUCUCGAAAAUGGUAUCGAGCUAACCGAUCCUCCUAUCGAAGAAUGUAUUCUUGAUAAAUGUUGGUUUCACAACGGACCAUCUUUGGAAUAUUUCUGGAAUCUUAUUCCAUCGGAAAAUCGUCUGCGGAAUGCUAUGAGCGUCUUUGCCCGUGAUUUACCAUCGUUUGUUCGAUUCAUUUUGCCAAAAUUGGACCAUCAGCAGCUCGUUGAAUUUCUUCGUGAAAAGGGCUGUGAAUUGUUAUAUGCUUUAUUGAAAAAUUUUUGUUAUGAUGAAGAAAUGGUUCUAUCGACAUGGAUUCACGUUAAAAAUGCGAUGACCGAGAUUGCUUUCACAAAGCUGGUCAUCAAAAUGGUUCAAAGUGAGGUUCGAGGAGGCCGUGUAUGUUCAUCGGAUCAGGAUGCUUAUAUUUGGCCAAACAAAUAUCUUGUCGAUGAUAGACGCAAUCUCGAUAAUUUUGUGCAAUUAUGUAUUGAAAUAUGGAGCACUGCUAGUGAAAAUUUGAAACGUUUGGCUGUUAGAGAGAUUACAUCGCAUACUAGACUAUUUCAAGACGUAUCCUACAACUACAUUGGAUGUGCACCAACUUCGAGAGAAUUUAAGUUCUUAUUGGCUGUCCUAUCUGAAGCCGCAUAUGAGCAGAGGUUCGCUUUCUGGUAUAAUUGUUGGCAAUAUUUGAUUACUAAAACGUGGGUCGAAGAUUUAGAUAAAAUAAUGCGGCUAUGUUUACGAGACGAAGAUGAGAUUACUCUAUUCAAGAAAAACUUCAUGGUCAAAGACAAAAAUGCACUUCGUUAUUAUACUUCAUUACUAACCUUGACCUAUUUCGACGAAGUGAAUCAAUUUGUGAGAUUUUUAUUACCGGAAAUGCAAGCGGCGAGAAAUUUUAAACAGAAAAUACUACGGUUAUUAGCUUUUUAUCCAUGUUUUUAUGAUUAUGGGGUACCGAAAUCUUCGUUCAACUCUCUUGUAUCAUGGUGUUCGGAAGGUAACGAAGAAGUUUCAAAAUUACAGCUGAGCAAUUUAUCAAUGUAGUUUUGAUGGAAUAAUCUAAAAAUCGCACCUAGUUGAACGGUUUUUCUCGUGAAUUUCGGGUUCUGAGAUGAUCUUGUCGAGCCAGAUUUUUACAUUCUUUUUGAUUAUCUCUUAAUUGUAUUUUUGAUUUAUUUUUUCAUUUUAUAUAACUUCAUUUUAUUCUUGUGUAAAUAAUCCAUAUUUUAUACCUGCGCCGAGUACCUAAUCUUAAUCAUGUUAAUCGGUAAUUAAUUACAAUCAACUAUGCAAAUCCUA